GCGCCUCCGCGCAAGCCGUCCGGCAGCGGAGAGGCUUUGUGGAACACACUGAAAUUGCUGUCUAAAUUCCGUUGAAAAAGCAUGGAACAGCCGCGUGCCACGGAUGUAGGUUUAUACCCGACCCUGGAAUAUGCACUGCACCACUGCGGGCCCUUCGUCAACAGAUGGAUCAACUUCAUAGAGUGGAAAACUGGGCAGCGCCGUGUAAGCAUCUUCAUCGGGGUGGUGCUGCUAAUUGCUUUGUACAUGAUCGUCGGUGCACACGCUCCCAUCGUAUGCAACUCUAUCAUGUUCUUUGUGCCUGCCUAUAUAUCAUUCCGUAACAUCGAAGUGAGCACAAAAAACGAGGACUCUCGUUACCUCGUCUACUGGCUCCUGUAUGGCCUUCUAGGUUUGCCCGAAUUCUACGGUGACUUUUUACGUCGGCGCUUCAAAAUAUUUUGGCUGUGCAAGUUUGCUUUCCUACUGUGGUGCAUCCUACCGACGCCCGAAAACGGAGUCACACUCGUGUACUUCAAAAUACUUCAACCUAUCUUCCUGCGUACCAGAGGCGAUGGUUGGUCUCAGGAGCGUGACGACAGAGAAGAUACUCUUCUAAGGGACGCUUCAGUGAUCAGCAGGCGCAAGACCAGACGUCAUACUGGAAGUCGCAGGUCGUCCAUACUGCCAUCCCCGGCAGACGAAGAGCAGCUUGGCAGCUUGCCUAAUGUGCAGCAGAGCUUCAUCGACCAAGGAAAUAAACCCGCAGGAUUUGAAAUGGCAGACAAGAAACCGGCGUCCGACCCAUCUGACAACAAAUCGGACAAUAAAUCUGACAACAAGCCUGACACUCAAGCUAGCGGCAAACCUGGCAACGGAGCCCCCAUCAUACCUUCCGGCACCAAACCUGCUGGAAAAGACAACAACAAAAAGAAACAGCAAGCGGACCAGCCUCAAGGACAGGAAAAGGCAGAUGGUACAACGAAAUCCAAAUCGGAUGAUGUCCUCCAAACCACGACGGCGCCACCGUCUUCGAAACAUGUCCUAGGAUCAAAAUCAAGUAGCCCCGCCGCUCUCAUGAAGCUUCUCUCACAGGCACAGAGCCCGAUCGAAAAUGCCGAGGCAAUACUUAAUCCAGUUGUGCUUCAAGGCUUACUUGCUGCACCAGAAGGGAAAGCUUCUCAAUGUGACUUCGCAGAACCUGCACCAGGACCGUCCGGUGUCAACCCCACUAACAUACGCCACACACCCAUGUGUGCUCAUAAGGAAACCCAGAGCAGCUUAACUGACAUACACGUACGACCACCAACACCACCCUCACAACCAAACCCAACAGAAGGCAGCUAUUACCAACAGAGAUAUCCAGGCUAUAGCUAUCCUUCCCCCAAGACUUCAUCCAGCUACUACGACCUUCAAGGUGGCAACAAGAACAGCCUUUCCCUUCUGCAAACUAUGCUGCAGCCCUUUUAUAGUCUCGCAAACGCUACAGCCUACUGGAACUAUCUCAACUCCAUGAACAAUCAGCCUUCUUACGUGUUGUUACCUUCACCUAGUUACACUGGAUACAUACCGUACCCUUACCCCUAUCCGUACCCAUAUCCGAGUUCCUACCAGAUUCCUACGCCGUCUCCCAUGCCGCCGUAUAGUUACUCCGGAGGAUCUAUAAACGCACAGCCUUCAACGACUGAGUUCCCGAGUCUCUACGCGACACAGGCAAGGUCACCAGCGGCACCGGAACGCAGUUCUUCAGAACCACGUCUCCCUGCGAAAGGAGCCAAGAGUUCCAGAGGAUACGUGCCUCCAGGAGCGCCUAAGAAGCACCCGAGGGAGUCAGAUCUUGGCAGCGAGGAUGACAUAUACGAGUAUUCAUUCCUCGCAGACAGCACAGACAUUGACAGACAAUCGGUGGAGCCUACAGCAUCGAGAGAGUCCAAGAGCAAGAAAAAGAGCAGCAAAGGAAAGAAGGAAGAGGCGAAAGAGGAGAAGGCGAAAGAGGAGAAGGCGAAAGACGAGAAGGCGAAAGACGAGAAGGCGAAGGAUGAGAAGGCGAAAGAUGAGAAGGCAAAGUCCAAGAAGGGGGAUAAAGCAGAUAAGAAGCAGAAGGGUAAAGAUGAAGAUAAGAAGAAAGCGGAGAAAGAACAAAAAGAAGGUGCAGAGAAGAAAGAUACUGGCGGUGAUGAUAAUGCUGAUAAGGUAGCUGGAGAUGCUGCUGAUAAGAAAGGCGACAAAGGCAAGGAUAAGACGGCAGAAAAGACCAGCACACAAGAAGCCAAAACAAAGGAAAAAGAACCCGCCGACAAGGACGAUAAGAAUGCAACUAAAGACGAAAAAGAUGGGGGCAAAGGAAAAUAGGGAUUCCACCUCUGCAUACCAAUCACCGAAGUCUGAUGAGAAGAAAUUAUAUGCCCUGGAACGCCUAUAUAUCGUCUAUAUUUUUUUAGCUCAUUCCAACAAUAAAUUACGACAACAGUUA